UGUUGAUCUAAAUAUUCUUUUUCUUUAUGCCUAGCAAGUAAAGCUUCUAGCUGAAAAAUGUUGCCUUAGUAUCAUCUUCUUUUUACUCAAUGUCCUAACGUCUUCAACAGCUAUUACCAUUUCCCAGUGGAAAUCCAGCAAAUAAACCAGCAGAGAAGGCUACUGAGUAAUAAAGCUUUUUCUUGGUGUACUAGUUCUUAAUAAUUUUCCCGCUAGCGUUCUUUGUGGGCUGAUCCAUUCCAUUCCCAGGCCUUCAUUCCUUUCCCAGCUCUUGCUUUCUUUGCCUGAAUCAAACUGCUGUGCUGAACUUGAGAGUUUCUUUGCCUGCUGCUAUUUUGAGGCCCAGUGUAGCUAAGCGCUUGCUUACUUCCCGUUAGUCAAUGGAACUUUUUUGCUGACUCGGGUCUUGAUGAGCAACUGGUACUGUAAGUCCAAACAAAUCUUGUCGCUAGCUCUGGGAAACUCAUCUUCUACCCCUUCCUGGGAGUCCUGUUCUCCGAAACUCAUUUUUCUCUGUCAAACUGCCUUUCGAGGUUGCAUUGGAGAAGAUUCCUCACCCAGGUCCAAAAAGCCUCCCCGCCCUUUGGAUUUCAUCACUGGAGUCUGCUGAUAUUAUCACUUCUCCUUAACAUCAGAGGAAGUUUGACUUGAGGCUCACAGAAGAAGUAAUAGUUUCAGAACAACGGAACCAGGGCAUCAGAGGUGUCAGGACAGCUGAAUAAAAAAGAUGCUAAUGUUUGACCCAGUCCCUAUCAAACAAGAGGCCAUGGAACCUGUUUCAGUGUCAUACCCGUCCAAUUACAUGGACCAAAUAAAGCCAAACAAAUACAGCGUCAUUUAUUCUACGUCGAGCAUGUUGCACAAUAAAUUCUACUCAAAUGCCGAAGGACUAUCAAACGGGAUCCAACUGGAGCCAGUAGACCUUACGGUGAACAAGCGAAGCUCACCACCUUCAACUGGAAGUUCUCCUUCCCCUCUGAAAUUUCAGACUGUACAUAGGAGAGCUUCGCCUGGACUGGCUCUGUCCUCCCCCAGCUCACCUAUCAGUAAAUUCACACCGUCGCCCCCAGGAGUACAGCCUCUUUCCAUGCCGAUAACCAUCCCCCCCGUCAUGGCCGCUGCUCUGUCACGCCCCGGCCUGAGGAGCCCCGGACUGCUCCCAGUUAUCCAGCCUGUCGUGGUCCAGCCUGUCCCUUUCAUGUAUGCGCCUCACCUCCAGCAGCCGAUCAUGGUGUCCACGGUGCUUGCGGAUGAGAUGGAGAAUCCAAGCAGCAUGCAAGUGCCUGUCAUUGAGUCUUACGAGAAGCCUACACUGAAGAAAACAAUUAAAGUAGAACCAGGAAGUGAACCAUCCAAGACUGACUUCUAUCCUGAACAGAUGUCACCUCCAGUGAUGACCUCAUUGUCUCCCCAGCAAGUAAUGCUGCAAGAGAAUCACCCUUCAGUUAUAGUUCAGCCAGGAAAGAGACCUUUACCUGUGGAAUCUCCAGACACGCAAAGAAAACGCAGAAUACACCGAUGUGACUAUGAAGGCUGCAAUAAGGUCUACACUAAAAGCUCCCACCUGAAAGCUCAUAGAAGAACGCACACAGGUGAAAAACCAUACAAAUGCACUUGGGAGGGAUGCACGUGGAAGUUUGCUCGUUCUGAUGAACUAACACGGCAUUUCCGCAAGCAUACCGGAAUCAAACCUUUUCAGUGCCCAGACUGUGACCGUAGCUUUUCACGUUCGGACCAUCUUGCUCUUCACAGAAAACGCCACAUGCUUGUCUGAGUGUCUUCUGUCCCUGACUCCCAUCACACUUUUUUUUUUUACGUGUGCGUUUUAAUUUCGAUUCAGCUGGUCUGAAUCUCUGAGUUUAUACCAUUAAAAGCUUACAUAUGGUCAGUAAUAGAUGUUAUCUAACCCUUCUAUGUCCUUGCCACGGGUCAGACCUAAAGAAUGUGAACUUUUUUUUUUCCUGGGGAUGCUAAGCAAACCCUUUCAGCAGACAGUAUGUUUAAUGUAUUCCUUUGUGAAUAAGGGAACUUGUAAACUAACAACUUCUGUUGGUUUCUUCAUAUAAUCAACCCAGCAUAUACUGAUAAAGUAGUAAAUGUUAUUGAAUAUCCAGAAUGCUAGUCCUUGCCAGAGACUUUAUUUAUGUGCCCUGUAAAGGAUACACUCUCAUUUUAUGCUGAACAAUGCAAUGAACGGACUCUCCCAUCCUCAUUGGUUUCUGCAGUAUGGCUAAUACAACAGUUUUAGAAA